AGAGAGAGAGAGAGAGAGAGAGAGAGAGAGAGAGAGAGAGAGAAAGAGAGAGCAAGUGAGUGAGAAGCUGAAAUAUAAAGUGAGGGGAAGAAAAACACGGAGGACGAGACGAGACAAGACAAAUAAAGGCAGGUGGAGGAAAGAUAACAUGUCCAGAAAGGCAGUUUCAAUACUGUGGAUGCAGAGGGUUUGUGUUAUAUUUUCACUGGAGAGACUGGAAUUGUACAUUUUGACUGAGACGGUUUGAUGACUAUAGACAUGAUCUCGCUCUUUUGCUGCUCAAAAACAGUUUUUAGCCGCACAGAAGAUGCAGGUUCUCAUUGACUGCAGACAACAAGAUUGACGUAGCAGCCUGUAGAUAUCUGUCACUGGUAGAGACAUGAAGACUGUUGCCAGGCUUCACUAUUGGCCGAUGUUUGUGUACCGAAUCAAGCAAGAGCUUCAGCUUGGAUGAUGGAGAUGGUUAAUCAGACAUUAACUCCAGGGAUCGGAGAAACACUGGCUCCUCUCUGCACAAACUGCUACUGUGGGCUGCUAAACCAGACUUUGACGGUUAUGUUUAUGGUCAGCUUGGCCUUUGCCAUCAUCGUGGGAAACGUGGUCACACUAACUGUUCUCAUGCAGACGCGACAUUCCCGAACCCCACAGGGGUACCUCAAAGUGUCACUGGCCAUCGCAGAUAUGAUGGUUGGAGUUUUGGUGGUGCCAUUUUCCGUAUACACAGAGAUCUCCCUCAUGGUAACCAGAGCUCCACCACUGUGGUACCAGGAUGUCUCCAAGGCCUCUUUGGGUGAUGUAUCAGGGCCUUGGCAACCCUGCAUGCUGAUUGGUCCACUUUUUGCUGGCUGUACGUUUGUAUCCAUCAUCACCAUCUUUUUGAUGUCCGUAGAGCGUAGUGUGGCGAUUCUGCGUCCAUUGCACAAAGACACCCUCGUGACACACCGCCGCACCCUCUUCCUGACCCUUGUAUCUUGGGCUGGUGGAUUUUUACUGGCCGUGGCACCGCUCAUUUUAAGCAACAGCUUCACGCUGGAGUACAACGAAUGCAGUCGCAUGUGUAUCUACGCCCCCAUACUGACUGACCUUCAGCUACCUCCAGAUGCCAAUAUUUUGCUGCUCUUUCCAGCAUUUGACUUCACUUUACUGGGUGGCACGCUGGCCAUCAACAUCUUGUCCUUUUCCAGUAUUCGCCGUUACUCCCGUAAACGCAAGCUCCUCUCUGAGGGAGGACUCGGGACCGACUCAGGAACCGGCGGGUGUCCGCACAGACCAUCAUUUUCUGACAUCAAAGCAGCUAAGACCAUCGGAAUCCUCACGUUUGCAUUCACGGCCUCCUUUUCUCCUAUCGCUGUGUUUGUGUUGGGGAAUGUGGUGGGAUACACCUGGUGCAAGUUUUCUUUUUUCGCAUUUUGGAUUUUGACAGCCAGCAGCUGUUGCAAUGUCAUCAUUUACAGCGUGCGUGACCAGCGUUUUAGGAAAGGGCUGAAUUUGCUCUUUCAGCGAGAAAGAUCACAAGCGCACACAGAUAAAUACUGAGAUUAUCAUAUCUGCUAUGAUCUUUCUUUAACUUCUGCCUCAAGAGAUUAAAGGAUCUUUUUGAUUACGGGUUCAGGUACAACAAUAAGCAAAUUUUUCAGGGUUUCUGGCAUUUGUCACUUUGUUUUUAUGAAGGAUUGUACUCUAUGUUAUUAUAUAUUUCAAUUUUUAUUAUUUAUUAAAUACAGUGUGUCAUAUUAAUAAAUAACAGAUACUACUUAUCAUCCUAAUGUACGUCAUCAUUGUAAGUAUAGGGGGGAAAAGGAAAGCAUGCCACAAUAAAGAUUUAAUUUAAAGUUUUCCAAAUCUGCAAAGUUUGUGUGACAUCAAAGGAUUUGAACGUUGUGUAUAAAAUAUUUUAUUUGUGUAACCCAAUACAUUUAUUUUAAAAAAUGCAUCAAAUUAUAAUGCAUUAUUUAUACAGUACCACAUUAAAUACAGUAAUACAAUAAAAACGAUAUUUUAAGUACUAAGUAUUUUGCUUAAAUACGGUGUUUUUGUAGUGUUUCUUUAUAAAGUAACAUUGCCAUCUACUGGCAUGGACUGCAUAAUACAGCGUUUUAAGGAUUUUUUUUGCAGAUCCAUAUAAAUGCAGAUCUUCUGGAUAACGUUGUUAUCUGUAUGUGAAAAUUUCAACAAAUGCACAGGAAAAACAUUAAGGGUUUUACUACAUUGCUUAUAUAUAAAUAUAUUGGGUAAUAUAAUUAUAAAAUAUAAAAUUAUUAGGGCUGUUAAUUUAACACGAUAAUUAAAUUAAUUUGUUACGAGGGAAAAUAACGCAUUAAAAGUUUUAAUGCACCCAAUCAAGCCAGUGCUCCAUCAUCCCAAAAGUUUAUCACUUCACACGCUUUAAAGCCUUGCAAAUGUUGAUAUUUAAAUUGGUAUUUAUAUUAUUUUAUACACUACUAUAUUAUACAUUAAAUACAGUAAUACAAUUUUCAAAAAUUGUGAUGUCACACAUUCGCUUAGAGCGCCUUUAAAUAUUUUGUUUCCAGUAAGGUUAUAUUUGUUAGUAAAUGUAUUAAUUUGUUUAUUUUCAUUAAUUCCAAUAUAAUUGUUCAUGUUGUGCAUCAUUGUGCAUAAACUAAUGUUAACAGUCACAACUUCUGAUUUUAUAAAUGUAUUUGUAAAUGCUGUAUAAUAUGUUCAUGUUCAUGGUUAGUUCAAUGCCGGAGUGCCAAGUCAAUUAUUCUUUUUAUACCACGGUUACCACAGACAUUGCUCUGGUGGUCAGUUGUGCGUUUAUCGAAAUAUAAUGCAUACCCGUGGAACAUUUCUCAACCAAUCAGAAUAAAUCAUUCAACUGCACUGUGGUAUAAUUUAUACUCCUACAACACUGUGACGUUCAUGAUAAGUGCUAUACAUUAUUGAUGGGAUGAAGACUUCAGAAUUUUUAAUAAAAACAUUUUAAAGCAGAUUUCUGUCGUGUGUUCAUUGAGUGGUGAUAAUUGCAGGGGACAGGGCUGAAAGUCUUUCAGUCUUUUACUUUAAUAUUCACCGGUUCAGAAGCAGGACCUCAGAUCUCCCGCCGACUGCCUCCGGUUGUAACUUCCCCUCAUGUUAACACUAAAGAAAAUGUCUUUAAGAGCACAACAUUAGGGCCUUGAUUCCCAAAGCAGAAACUUAAUCCAAUUUUGUGUCACAAUGAUCUGAUGUCUUUAAUCAGCAACGUCUGAUGUCUACCUAAUAAUAUGGAAAUGUGCAGGUGGACCUCCAGUGUUUAAAGGUUUCUGAAGCAUGCACA